GGAAACUGAAUGAUCCUUCCAUUAUCACGCCAUUUUCCCGAGAUGACCGGGGAUAUACACCACUUCAUAUAGCAGCUAUUUGUGGGCAAACAUCAUUAGUGGAUUUACUAGUAGCCAAAGGAGCCAUUGUCAAUGCUACAGAUUACCAUGGUUCAACUCCACUUCACCUUGCCUGUCAGAAGGGAUACCAAAAUGUUACACUUCUCUUGUUGCACUAUAAGGCAAGCACUGAUGUUCAGGACAAUAAUGGAAAUACUCCACUUCAUUUAGCCUGCACUUAUGGUCAUGAGGAUUGUGUCAAAGCUUUAGUCUACUAUGAUGUGCAUUCCUGUAGACUAGAUAUUGGUAAUGAAAAGGGAGAUACUCCUCUCCAUAUAGCUGCUCGUUGGGGCUAUCAAGGGAUCAUAGAAGUGCUUUUGCAAAAUGGGGCAAAUCCAGAGAUUCAAAACCGGAUGAAAGAGACUUCCCUACAGUGUGCGUUAAAUUCCAAGAUUUUGUCAUUGAUGGAAUUAAACUAUCUAACGUUUGAAAGGGGACAGAGUGCUUCUGAGUCACCACUUAGGUCUCCUCAGCGGUCAACAGAAACUUUCAGCAGAGGAUCAUCUGUCUCAAGCCUGUCAUCAGCAUCAACUGAUAUAAGGCAAGAAGAAGUAAAAAAUAGUUAUAAAGAGGUGGAAAAACUCCUCAGAGCAGUUGCUGAUGGAGAUCUGGAAAUGGUACGUUAUCUCUUGGAAUGGAUGGAAGAAGACUUAGAAGAUGAGGACGACACAGUCAGUACAUCAAAACCGGAAUUCUGUCAUCCGUUAUGCCAGUGCUCAAAAUGUGGGCCAGCACAAAAGAAAUUUGCAAGGAUUUCUGCUAAUGGACUUGGAGUAAAUGUUUCAAACCAAGAUGGUUUUACACCAUUGCAUAUGGCUGCAUUACAUGGACACUCUGAACUUGUCUCUCUCUUGUUGAAACGUGGAGCCAGUAUCAGUGCCAAGAAUGCAAAACAUGCAGUUCCUCUUCAUCUAGCCUGCCAGAAAGGUCACUUCCAGGUGGUAAAGUGUCUGAUGGAUUACAAUGCUAAACAAAAUAAAAAGGAUAUAUAUGGAAAUACUCCUUUGAUUUAUGCGUGCUUGAAUGGACAGUAUGAGACUACUGCCUUGUUGUUAGAGCAUGGAGCUUCUGUUAACCUUUCUAAUGCCAAAGGAAAUACAGCACUGCACGAGGCCGUGAUAGGAAAGAACGAAGCCCUGGUGGACUUGCUACUUCAGAAUGGUGCAAUGACGCACAUAAGGAACGAAAGGAACUGUACCCCUGCAGACUGUGCUGAGCCGAAUUCAAACAUCAUUAAGUUGCUGGAAACAGCACCAACUUAUGUACCUACAUCAGCAGAGAGAGAAAAGGAGUGUGAGCAGCAUGCUGCUAUCAAGAUAAGAAAAAAAGUGAAUUCUAAGCCAUGUGAGAAAGCCGAUGAUCCCAUAAGCAGACAACUUCAACUGGUCCAAUCAAUUAACAGAUUUAACAAAGCAAAGCAUUUACGGAGAACAAUAACAAGAGAUAAAAGUGUCCCUAAUUUUGAUUAUCAGUUAUUGCAUCAGGAGGAGCUUGAUUGCAAGGGUGACAGCAAACUGCAUGUUGCGUUGUCAGCUGUGACACAAACAGAUGUAAUCAAUUCAUCUGUGGCUGGGG